GUGCCCAUCGGGUCAGUGUAGGUCAGCUGGGAACGAGAGCAGCGAGAGCGGCAAGGAGGGAGCCUAGACGCCACGUUGCCUUCGAUCGCAGCCAGGAUCUUGACGCGGUUCAUGGGGAAGGGCCCUGCUUCUGCUCGCCUCCAGUCCUUCCCAGCUCGACAUCCGCGGUGCGAGAGAGACAGAGCGACGAAGACGACGCGCGGAACCAGUCUGCACCGAGAUAAAACGGCCUCGCCUCUCGCGGGGGCCGGGCUUUGAACCCGCGGCUCGGCCGUCUGGACGGCAAGGCAAAGCAGGGCAAUUGAGGACGCAGCAAGCAAGCUGCAGAGAGCAGGCGGCCUGCAGGCCGGGGCAGGACUCGCGCCGUCAACUCCAACAGGUGAUGCCGCCCUCGGCGCCGACAGUGUCCAGCAUGGCCAGCAUGGCCACCUUGACGGGACUGCUGCGACGCAGCCACCGGCACGGCGCCGCCACCACCAGGGCCGCCAGGCGGACAAUGACGGGCGCGCAGGGCCUCCACCAGCAGGGCCCGACGACGUGGUCGCGGUGCCGCAGCACGCUGGCCGCGCCCUUGCAGCGCACCGACGUGGACGCGCUGGGCCAGCAGGGCCUGGCCACGGGGCAGGAGCGCGACGCCGACUGGGACUCGGCCAAGCCCUUCGACGAGAUCCCCGGGCCGAAGCCGCUGCCCGUGCUGGGCAACAUGUGGCGGUUCGUCGUCGGCGACCUGGCCAAGGUGCCGACGUCCGACCUGCAGCGGAGGUUCCUCAAUGACUACGGCACCAUCAUGAAGCUGUGCGGGCUGCCUGGACGCAAGGACCUCGUGUUCGUCUUCGACGCCGAGGCCGCGGAAAAGGUUCUGCGCAACGAGGGCAUCUGGCCCAUCCGCAUCGGCCUGGAGAGCCUCGGCUACAUGCGCAGCCUCACGCCAGAGAAGUUUGAGGACGCCUGGGGACUCGUCAGCACACAGGGCAAGGAGUGGGCCUCGUUUCGCACCGCGGUGAACCAGACCAUGAUGCAGCCCCGCAACGCCAAGCUGUACGUGGGGGUCAUCGACAAGGUCAGCCAGGAGCUCAUCGACAGGAUGCGGUUCGUCCGGGACCCUCAGAACGUGAUGCCGGACGACUUUUACAACGAGCUCAGCAAAUGGGCGCUGGAAUCCAUCACGUACAUCGCGCUGGACCGGAGGCUGGGCUGCCUGGACAACAACCUGAAGCCCGACUCGGAGGCCCAGCAGAUCAUCACGGCCGUGCACACCAUCUUCGACUGCCUGUUCUGGCUGGACGUGCAGCCGUCGCUGUGGAAGGUCGUGCGCACGCCCACCUUCUACCGGAUGAAGAGGACCAUGAACUGGUUCUACGGAAAGGUGUUCGGCUUCAUCGAGGAGGCCAUGGACCGCCUCAAGGCCAUGACGCCGGAGGAGCGCGAGAGCCACGAGUACAGUGUGCUGGAGAGACUGCUGCUGCGGAACGACAACCCGAGGAUCGCCGUCACCAUGGCCCUGGACAUGGUGACCGCCGGCGUGGACACGACGUCCAACACCUCCGCCACCGUCAUGUACGAGCUGGCCAAGAACCCCGACAAGCAGCGGAAGCUGCAGCAGGAGCUGGACCGCGUGCUGCCGGACCCCAGGGAGCCCGUGACGGCCAGCAAGCUGGAGGAGCUGCGCUACCUCCGCGCCUGCAUCAAGGAGGCCAUGCGCGUGUCCCCCAUCAUCGUCGGCAACCAGCGCAUGGCCGUCAAGGACCUGGUGCUGUGCGGCUACCAGAUUCCCAAGGGGACGGACGUCCUGUGCGUGCACUCCGAGAUGGUGAAGGAGGAGCAGUACUUCCCCCGCGCGCGCGAGUUCAUCCCGGAGCGCUGGCUGCCGGAGGGCGACCACCUCAAGGCUCUGCACCCCUUCGCCAGCAUGCCGUUCGGCUUCGGGCCGCGCACUUGUGUCGGCCGCCGCUUCGCGCAGCUCGAGAUGGAGACCUUCCUGGCCAAGGCCUUCCGAAACUUCAACAUUGGCUGGAAGGGACCCCCACUGAAGAAAGAAUUGAAACUUCUGUACAGCGUCGCAUCGCCGCUCAAGUUCGAAUGUGUGGAUAGAGUAUGAGGCCACUAUCGACUUUACUGGCUGUCUGGUCAUGAAGAAAACUUUUUGAAACCUCAUUGGAGGAAAUUAUUCUGUUGUCAGUGGCUCUUUAUCACUGGUGAGAAGCAGCCUCAGAAAUAUUGUUGUAACUCUCUUUGGCUGCUUUUAGGGGCAUGAUGUGGCUAUGAGGACGUUCUUUCUCAUUUUACUGGUGCAUGUUAAGCGCUAAAUAAGUAUUGUGAUAUUUAAUUUAAAAAAAAAUUAAAUUGUGUUCUGUAAUAGAUUUUAUGAAUCUCGUGCGGCACAGAAUACCCGUUACCUACCCUGUGAGAUGAUAUUUUUGUAUAGAGCAUCUAUUAUUAAGUACUGAACUUUAAAUAAACCAUUUUGGGGAGAGGAAGAAGGACCUCUCACAAAUAAAACUCUGCAAGCCCGA